AUGGUUGGAAGCUUAAUGUAUUUAACAUCUACACAACCAGACUUAGCAUAUGUGGUCAGUAUCAUCAGUCGUUUCAUGAGUAAGCCAACCAAUUUGCAUUUGCAACCUGCCAAGAGAAUCAUGAGGUACAUCAAGGGAACACUGGACUAUGGUAUCAUGUAUAAGGGAACUACCUCUGGUUUAAUUGGUUAUACAGAUAAUGACUAUGCAGGAAACUUGGAUGAUAGAAGAAGCACGUCAGGUUAUGUGUUCAUGCUUGGGGGAGGGAUAGUUUCCUGGUUAUCCAAGAAACGUACCUAUAGUUACAAUCGCCAGCACGAGUGUUCAAGCCAAGCUGUGUGGCUUAGAAGAAUUACAGAACAGCUUGGAUGUAGUCAUAAUGAAGGCACUGUGAUAUAUUGUGAUAAUAGCUCCACGAUAAAGCUAACAAAGAAUCCAGUGUUAUAA